ACUGGAAAAGAAAAAUAAAAUAAAACUUACUUCACCCAGAAUUUAUUUUUUUCUUCUAGUAAAAAUGAGCAACUUCUUUAACCAGAACUGAACUUAAAGACAAAUGUCUAAAACAAAACAUUUGCUGACUUCACUAGGCACAUCUUACAAGUAAAUUUUGGAUUCUGUAUUGACUGCCUACAAGUGCCUUCUGAGUGCAAGUUCACAGGGAAGAUUUAUUCUACAAAUCUCACACGACCAAGGUCACCUCUUUGGACUGGCAGACCCAAGGAGUCCACGUUGGGAAGCUACAUUCAUACUUCCCCUCUUGUUAAGAUCUUCAGCCUUGCUCCUCUGAUAACCAGGUCUCUCUUCUGUCCUAUUAGAAUUUAUGACCUUCGAAAAGUGAGUUACAUCUGGGUUUAUUCAAACUCCCAGCUAUCUACCACCAUAUACAUAAUAGUUCUAGAUACAAAAAUAUAAGAAGAUAUUCAGAGAUAUUGCGAUACCCUAUAACCAAUAUAAAAUGGUAAUUCAGCAGAACCAGGUGCUGGGUUUGAGAAACAGAGGUGGACAAUUGGGGCUGGGCCUAAGAAACAUUGGAGGCAAAGACAGUGACUAGAUGGGGAGCUCUGGUAAUGUAAUGCCCAGGCCUGUCCCUGGAAUUCUGCCACAGUGGGGACAUUAUUGGGGGUCUGUAGUCAUUGCAGGGUGGGAGAGGAGGAUAGAAAGAAAAGAUUGUGUGAAGGUCAGUGGGAAGUCCUCCAUUUCAUUGGUAAGAGAACUAUGUAUGCAAGUUUUCCUGUGUUUAGCCUCACACUUGAUUGGACCUUUAAGAACUGAUUAUACACUGCAUUUCCCUGGCAGUUUUUGGCAUCUCAGAUGAGGAAGAGUAAUGAGGGACAGGUGAUGGUGACAACUAUUAAUAAGAUCUGAAAGCAAGCAGUCUCAUGAAAGGUGGCCAGGAGAGGGCAGUCACCUUUUAUCAAGAGCACAAACUGAAAUUGCAAAGAAUACUUAGGCUACAAGGCUAUAAAGGUGAUGCAGGCUUAAUCAAAAUGCAGUGUCUUGAGCAUGGUAGACUCUUAGAACAUGUUUGCUAAAUAUACCUUAGCCGCUGCUUUUCCCCAGAGCUCAUCAGAGUUCCACAGAAACCUGGUCCCUUCCAAAAAACCGAAGAAUGACUCUAAAGAAAAGUGAUUGCAAAUCCAGAAGGCAGCUUUGCCUUACUGGUUGGUAACAGCAGGAUUUUCUAUUCCUUGCAGUUUAUUUUGGCAUAGGCUAGUGUCUCAUGCAGACAGCUACCAUUUGCAAUUGUUAACAUGUUUUUCCUUUUUCAUCUCCCAGUAUACUCUCUUCCUGUUGUUAAACGCAGUCAAUUCACCAAUGAAAUCUGCUUUAUAAACUGCUGCAUUUUCUUUCUCCAUGGAUGGGAUUAAUGCCAUUAUGUUCUAUGUCAUCUAAAUGGUGUUGGCUUCUAGGCACCAAGGUGUUAUUCCAGAGGAAAGAAGAGUAAUUGUGGACACAGGCAGGCUGAGGGCUAAGCUAAUGAUUUCAUGCAUUUUGUGAUAAUCCUUAAUUAAGAUCCAAGUUUUAUUCUGUUGGAUUUAGUCUACAAACUGCUGAAAAUCAUUCUUGAAUUAACACUGGGUGGAUAUAAAAGCAGUAAGCCAAGAAGUUUGCACUUUUUUCAGCUGUAGCAGUUUAUUUAGCUGGAGAAACUUUAGUGGGUGGUCCAACCUUCAUAACCAGGAAGAAUAGAGUAGAAGUGUAAAGGCCUUGGUGGAAGGAGGGCAGGAGUAUCCUUUCCAUUUCUUCAGUUUUAUCAUAGCCUAUAAAUUAGUUCAUUAGGUAUGUUGAUCUUGUAGGAGCUUGUAUUUUAACAUUUGCUCCAUCAAAUUGUUUAAUUUAAUUCUAAGAAUAAGCCCACUGAAAACUAUUCCUAAUUAAUAAAAUGAAUAAGAGUAAUAGAUGUUAAUAGAAACAAAGACAUCAUUUGGUUUGUUUUUGGAGGGGGCACAGAGAAUGCAGUAACAUAAUAGGUUAGCUUUUUGUUGUCUUCUUUUUCUUUGUUCUUUGUAGUCAUUAUAAUCUCUAAUUGGUAUUUGUUCUUGACUUUUCUCAGUGUGCUUCCACAUGGGAGAGACAAAAUUCUCAAGGCUGGUGUACAAAAAAACCUUAAUAAAUUGCCCAUCAAUUAGCCACCUUGAUUUUCACCUUUAAAGCAGUUGAGUGUAGCAGAGAUUAAGAUUAAUUUCUUAGGUGUCACUGCUUCUUGCCUACUUAAACCAGUUCAUCUUUACCAUAAAUGCUUAGGCCAAAAAAAAUCACAAUAGAGGCAAUAUGGUACAGUGAUUGUGGACUCUGGAGUAAGGUGGGCUGGUUGAAAUCCUGGCUUGGUUACUUCCCAGCUGUGUGACCCUGGGGUUCAGGGUUCCCUUUUGCAACAAGACAUGAUUGCAGAGCUUCUUCAUAGGGUUAUAUGUGGCUCCAAUGAGAAAAUACAUGAAAAGAACUGAAAGCAGUAUCUGACUCUGGAGAGAAUGUAGGGAAGAGACAAUGGAGGAAAGAGGAAAGAGGACAAGGAAAUGGGAGAUGCAGAGAAAGUUCAAGAAGAAAAGUAGAAGAACCUCAAAUAGAAAAUUAAUUUUCAGUUUUUCCUGAGAAGAGAUAUAUAGACAUGUUCAUGUGGCUUUGGAAAGCCUUGGAACCCAUCAGCAAGAGGAUUGGAAAUUGCAUUGAAACAGAAGUAUAGACCUGCGUGACUUAUGUCCUGGCCAGUUGCCUCAUGUCCUUUGUGGUCAAAUUGAUCUCUACUGGCACUGUCAAAGGAUUUUUUAUGAACAGCUGGUCGGGGCAAACUUCGAAACCUCAUUGUUUGCACUUGAGUGCCAGAAUGUGUAAUUAUUUACCAGCGUUCACUUAGGGAUGUCAGUGUAGAUUUUAGGGAGAGAAAGAACUACAUUUAAAAUUUGGAGGCAUCUUUUUCAGUCUGCCUGCCCUGGUGUUUGUUAUAGCACUUAGUUCAGCAUGUAACAGCGGAACCUACUGGUUAAAUCAUUAAGCAUUUAUUAUUUUAAAACUCAUCUCAAAGCAAAAAUUAACCAUCAUGUUGAAGCUCUUUUCUCUGAGAACGACAUUUACUCUGAGUUUUAUGCCAAUGGACUAAUUGGAGGGUUGAGAAAAUAAAUUUUGGAAAGACAACAAUAACUUCAGAAUUUUCCUUGGAUGAAGGUUUUCUUUUUAACACCUGAACUGAGCUUUAUCAAAACAGUCCUACAGGUAUGGAUCUCUGGCAGCUGCUGUUGACCUUGGCACUGGCAGGAUCAAGCGAUGCUUUUUCUGGACGUGAAAAAACACAAAGAAUGCAGACAUUGAUUCCAACUGGGAGAAAGAAAAAGUGCUCCAUAAAGAAGACACUCAGAUUGACCUUGAAAGCCACAGCAGCUAUCCUUAGCAGAGUAUCCCAGAGUCUGCUAAGUGUUAAUCCAGGCCUAAAGACAAAUUCUUCUAAGAAGCCUAAAUUCACCAAGUGCCGUUCACCUGAGCUAGAGACUUUUUCAUGCCACUGGACAGAUGCAGUUCAUCAUGGUUUAAAGAACCCAGGACCCAUACAGCUGUUUUAUACUAGAAGGAACGCUCAAGAAGGGACUCAAGAAUGGAAAGAAUGUCCUGAUUAUGUUUCUGCUGGGGAAAACAGCUGUUACUUUAAUUCAUCGUUUACCUCCAUCUGGAUACCUUACUGUAUCAAGCUAACUAGCAAUGGUGGUACAGUGGAUGAAAAGUGUUUCUCUGUUAACCAAAUAGUGCAACCAGAUCCACCCAUUGCCCUCAACUGGACUUUACUGAACAUCAGUUUAACUGGGGUUCAUGCAGACAUCCAAGUGAGAUGGGAAGCACCACCCAAUGCAGAUAUUCAGAAAGGAUGGAUGGUUCUGGAGUACGAACUUCAAUACAAAGAAGUAAAUGAAACUCAGUGGAAAAUGAUGGACCCUAUCUUGUCAACAUCAGUUCCACUGUACUCAUUGAGAGUGGAUAAGGAAUAUGAAGUACGUGUGAGAUCCAAACAACGAAAAUCUGAAAAUUAUGGAGAGUUCAGCGAGGUGCUGUAUGUAAAACUUCCUCAGAUGAGCCAAUUUACAUGUGAAGAAGAUUUCUACUUUCCAUGGCUCUUAAUUAUUAUCUUUGGAAUAUCUGGGCUAACAGUGAUGCUAUUUGUAUUUUUAUUUUCUAAACAGCAACGGAUUAAAAUGCUGAUUCUGCCCCCAGUUCCAGUUCCAAAGAUUAAAGGAAUUGAUCCAGAUCUGCUCAAGGAAGGAAAAUUAGAGGAGGUGAACACAAUCUUAGCCAUUCAUGAUAGCUGCAAACCUGAAUUCCACAGUGAUGACUCUUGGGUUGAAUUUAUUGAGCUAGAUAUUGAGGACCCAGAUGAAAAGACUGAGGGAUCAGACACAGACAGACUUCUAAGCAGUGACCAUGAGAAAUCACAUAGUAACCUAGGGGUGAAGGAUGGCGACUCUGGACGUACCAGCUGUUAUGAACCUGACAUGCUGGAGACUGAUUUCAAUGCCAGUGACAUACAUGAUGGUACCUCACAGGUUGUUCAGCCACAGAGGUUAAAAGGGGAAGCAGAUCUCUUGUGCCUUGACCAGAAGAAUCAAAAUAACUCACCUUAUCAUGACGCUUGCCCUGCUAUUCAUCAGCCCAGUGUUAUCCAAGCAGAGAAAAACAAACCGCAACCACUUCUUACUGAUGGAGCUGAGUCAACUCAUCAAGCUGCCCAUAUUCAGCUAAGCAAUCCAAGUUCACUGGCAAACAUUGACUUUUAUGCCCAGGUGAGCGACAUUACACCAGCAGGGAGUGUGGUCCUUUCACCAGGCCAAAAGAACAAGGCAGGGGUGUCCCAGUGUGACAUGCAUCCAGAAGUCUCGCUCUGCCAAGCAAACUUCAUUAUGGACAAUGCCUACUUCUGUGAGGCAGAUGCCAAAAAAUGCAUCCCUGUGGCUCCUCAUAUCAAGGUUGAAUCACACACAGAGCCAAGCUUUAACCAAGAGGACAUUUAUAUCACCACAGAGAGCCUUACCACUACUUCUGGGAGGCCUGGGACAGCAGAACAUGUUCCAGGUUCUGAGAUGCCUGUCCCAGAUUAUACCUCCAUUCAUAUAGUUCAGUCCCCGCAGGGCCUCAUACUCAAUGCGACUGCCUUGCCCUUGCCCGACAAAGAGUUUCUCUCAUCGUGUGGCUAUGUGAGCACAGACCAACUGAACAAAAUCAUGCCUUAAGACUUUCUUUGAUUUCCCAAGAGCUACGUAUUUAAUGGCAAAGAAUUGGCUGGGGCAUGAACACUUAAACCAAAACAAUGUUUAAACCUUUUUGUGGGGAUGACAGGGUGGGGUGUGGAUUCUAAAUGCCUUUUCCCAAAAUGUUGAAAUAUGAUUAAAAAAAAUAAGAGGAAUGCUUAAUCAGAUAGAUAUUCCUAUUGUACAUUGUAAAUAUUUUAAAGAAUUGUGUCAGACUGUUUAGUAGCAGUGAUUGAUUAUCUUAUUAUUGUGGUGUUAAUUUUGUGAUACCAAGCAUUGAAUGGCUAUGGUUUUAAUGUAUAGUAAAUCAUACUUUUUGAAAAAGUGAAAAAGUCAGGUGGCUUUCGCAGUUCAGGAAAACUGAAUGCAAACCAUAGAACAGGCUAAUUCUUUUUGUUGUUUUUUAAAGAAAACGCUUUUUUAUUUAAAAAUUAAAUUAAAACUAUAAGUGAGAAAUUAAAACUAUAAGCAAGAAGGCAAAAAUAGUUUGGAUAUGUAAAACAUUUAUUUUGACAUAAAAUUGAUAAGGUAUUUUUAAUAAUUUAGACUUCGAGCAUGGCUAUUUUAUAUUAAGCUACACACUGUGAACUGCAGUUGGUGUGACCCCUCUAAGGAGUAUAGUAACUACAGUCCAAAGCUGGUUUAAUGCUUCGGCCAGUGCACCUAAAGAAAAAAAACUAGUUUUUUACAAAGCCCUUUUAUACCUCCCCAGACUCCUUACACAAUUCUAAAAUGAUUGUAAAAUUUUGCAUUAUUAGAACAUAAUUAUUUUAUCUGAAUUUUUAAACAAAUAUUUGUUAAUUUGGAAAACUUUAAAGUGUUUGCACAGAUCAACUUACUGUGCACCAAAAGAAGUAAAAGCAAAAAAAGAAAACUUUUCUUCACCAAAUCUUGGUUCAUGCCAAAAAAAAUACAUCCUAAGAGAAGCAGAAAUCAUAGUUGGUUCAUACUUAACAAGGUGCUUAAGUGCUGUGGUUGCACAUGGAAUGAGUUUUUUAGUGUGUGCAGAUGGUGAGAGAUAAGAUCUAUAUCCUCUGCAGCAGAAUCUGUUCACACCCAAAAUUAGUUUUGUUACAUAAUUAUCUAGGAAGGGAAUAAGGUACAAGAAGCAUUUUGUAAAUUGAAGCAGAUUAGUUUGGGUAAUGAAACAAAGAGUUCAAGAACUAGGUUUUUGUUUCAUGGCCCAUAACCAGACACAUACUCAUUUUUCAUGGUAAUGAACAGAUCAUAGACAGAAGAAACAAGGUUUUCAGUUCCCACAGAUAACUCAAAAUUAUUUAAACCAGUAAAAGAAACUCUCUUUCUCACUAGACCUUUUAUAGCAUGUAUUUAAAAUAGCAAAAGAAUAAGUUUUAUCAUUUUUUACUUCCUCUUUGAGUGGAUUGGCCUCAAAGCAGGCAUUCAAAAGAAAAAGAAGGGGCCUGAGUAAUUUACAAAUUAUUUUGCAAUCCCUUCAUAUCCUAACAUCAUUCUUAAGAGCAUUGGGAUAGCUCCUGAAAAGGUUUAUGAAAAAGAAGAAUCUCAUCUCAGUGAAGAAUACUUCUCAUUUUUAAAAAAGCUUAAAAACUUUGAAGUUAGCUUUAAUUUAAAUAGUAUUUCCCGUUUAUCUCAGACCUUUUUUAGGAAGCAAGCUUAAUGCUGAUAAUUUUAAAUUCCCUCUUUCCUGCAGGAAGGACUAUGAAAAGGUAGAACUGAGUGUUUAAAUUACAACAUGUUAUCUGUAAUAGUUUAAUAGAUUUUCUGCUACUUUGCUGCUAUGGUUUUCUCCAAGAGCUCCAUAAUUUAGUUUCAUAUAAAGUAUCAUCAGUGUAGAACCUAAUUCAAUUCAAAGUUGUGUGUUUGGGAGACUAUCUUACUAUUUCACAACAGGCUGACAACAUUUCUGUAGCCAAAAAUAGCUAAAUACCUCAAUCGGUCUCAGAAUGUCAUUUUGGUACUUCGGUGGCCACACAAGCCAUUAUUCACUAGUAUGACUAGUUGUGUCUGGCAGUUUAUAUUUAGCACUCUUUAUGUCUGUGGAUUUUUUCCUUCAAAGUUUAAUAAAUGUAUUUUCUUGGA